GCAACCCUGGACUCCAUGAGGAAGCAGGAGGUGCAGAUGGGUGGGGAAGCUGGCCAGGGCCUCGGUGCUGGCUCCCCGGCUGAGCAGGUGAAAGCCCUUGUGGACCUGCUGGCUGGGAAGGGCUGUCAGAGCUCCCAGGCCCCACAGACCCCUGAGAGGACAGCUGACUCCCUGCAGGGGCCUCAAGGCAAUGACUCAAGGAUACAGAGACACCGAGAGGUCCUUCUGAGCAGGGCAGGAGGCAGCCUGGAGCUGGGUGGCCCCGCACCCAGGCUGGCCAAACUCCUGCUGGUGGAAGGCCUGAUGGACUUGCAGCUGAGGGAACACGACUUCACCCAGGUGGAGGCCACACGUGGGGGCUGGCGCUCCGCCAGGACCAUCACCCUGAACGAGCUCUUCCUGCCUCUGUCGCGGGUGUCCAUCCCGCCCCGCAUCUCCAUCACCAUUGGGGUGGCUGGUGUGGGCAAGACCACCCUGGUGAGGAACUUUGUUUACCUCUGGGCCCGGGGACAGGUUGGCAAGGACUUCUCACUAGUGCUGCCUCUGACAUUCCGGGAUCUCAACACCCAUGAAAAGCUGUCUGCAGACAGACUCAUCCGCUCCUUCUUUCCACAUGUCGGGGAGUCGGGCCUGGAAGUGGCAGCCCUGGCCAAAGUCCUCCUUAUCCUGGAUGGCCUCGAUGAGUGUAAGACUCCUCUGGACUUCUCCAACACUGUGGCCUGCACUGACCCCAAGAAGGACAUACAGGUAGACCACCUGAUCACCAACAUCAUCCGGGGCAACCUGUUCCCAGAAGUUUCUGUCUGGGUCACCUCCCGUCCCAGCGCGGCUGGCCAGAUCCCAGGAGGCCUGAUGGACCGGAUGACGGAGAUCCGGGGCUUUAACAAAGAGGAGAUCAAAGUGUGUUUGGAGCAGAUGUUCCCCGAGGACCAGGUCCUCUUGGACUGGGUCCUGAGCCAGGUGUGGGCCAACAGAGCCCUGUACCUCAUGUGCACCAUCCCAGCCUUCUGCCGACUUGCAGGGUUGGCACUGGGCCACUUGUGCCGCCGUAGGCAGGGGCCCCAGGAUACAGAGCUGUGGCCUCCAAGGACCCUGUGCGAGCUCUACUCUUGGUAUUUCAGGAUGGCCCUCAGUGGGGAUGGGCAGGAGAAGGGCAAGGUGAGCCCUCGCAUUGAGCAGCUGGCCCAUAGUGGCCGUAAGAUGGUAGGGACACUGGGCCGGCUGGCCUUCCAUGGGCUUGUCAAGAAGAAGUACGUGUUCUACGAGCCAGACCUGAAGGCAUUUGGUGUGGACCUUGCUCUGCUGCAAAGUGCUCUCUGCAGCUGCUUUCUGCAGCGGGAGGAGACUCUGGCCUCCUCAGCAGCCUACUGCUUCACCCACUUGUCCCUGCAGGAGUUCGUGGGAGCUACAUACUACUACAGUGCAUCCAAGAGAGCCAUCUUCGACCUCUUCACUGAGGGUGGUGUGUCUUGGCCUCGGCUGGGCUUCCUCACGCAUUUCAGGAGCGCGGUCCAGAGGGCCAUGCAGGCUGAGGAUGGACGGCUGGAUGUGUUCCUUCGCUUCCUCUCCGGCCUCUUGUCUCCAAGGGUCAAUGCCCUGUUGGCUGGCUCCCUGCUGGCCCCGGGAGAGCACCAGGGCUCCCGGGUGCAGGUGGCCCAGCUCCUGCAGAGCUGCCUGUACCCCAAAACGGUAGUCUGUGCCCGGGCAGUCAAUAUCCUGCACUGCCUGCAUGAGCUGCAGCACACAGAGCUGGCCCGCAGUGUGGAGGAGGCCAUGGAGAGCGGGGACCUGGCCAGGCUGACUGGCCCCCAACACCGAGCCGCCCUGGCCUACCUUCUGCAGGUGUCAGAUGCCUGUGCCCAGGAGGCCAACCUGUCUCUGUGCCUCAGCCAGGGCGUCUUCCAGAGCCUGUUGCCCCAGCUGCUCUACUGCCAGAGCCUGAGGCUGGACACCAAUCAGUUCCAGGACCCUGUGAUGGAGCUGCUGGGCAGCGUGUUGAGUGGGAAGGACUGCCGCAUUCAGAAGAUCAGCUUGGCUGAGAACCAGAUCAGUAACAAAGGGGCCAAAGCUCUAGCCAGAUCCCUUCUUGUCAACAGAAGUCUGACUACUCUAGACCUCCGCAGUAACACCGUUGGACCUCAAGGGGCCAAGGCACUGGCCGAUGCUCUGAAGAUUAACCGCACUCUGGUCUUUCUGAGCCUCCAGGGCAACAGGAUCAGGGAUGACGGUGCCAGGUCCAUGGCUGAGGCGCUGGCAGCCAACCGGACCCUCUCCGUGAUACAUCUGCAGAAGAACACCAUCGGGCCCUUGGGAGCCCAGCAGAUGGCAGAUGCCCUGAAGCAGAACAGGAGUCUGAAGGAGCUCAUGUUCUCCAGUAACAGCAUUGGUGAUGAAGGUGCCAAGGCCCUGGCCGAAGCCCUGAAGGUGAACCAGGGCCUGGAGAGCCUGGACCUGCAGAGCAAUUCCAUUAGUGACGCAGGAGUGGCCGCACUGAUGGGGGCCCUCUGCACCAACCAAACCCUCCUCAGCCUCAACCUGCGAGAAAACUCCAUCAGCCCAGAGGGAGCCCAGGACCUGGCUCGAGCUCUCUGCACCAACAGCACCCUGAAGAACCUGGACCUGACAGCCAACCUCCUCCACGAUGACGGUGCCCGGGCCAUCGCAGUGGCAGUGAGAGAAAACCACACCCUCAUGUCCCUUCACCUGCAGUGGAACUUCAUCCAGGCUGGCGCUGCCACGGCCCUGGGACAAGCACUACAGUUCAACAGGAGCCUGAUCAGCCUUGAUUUACAGGAGAAUGCGAUUGGGGACGAAGGCGCCUGUGCACUUGCCAGUGCGCUGAAGGCAAACACAUCGCUCACUGCUCUCUAUCUCCAGGUGGCUUCCAUUGGUGCACCAGGGGCCCAGGCACUGGGGGAAGCCCUAGCUGUGAACAGGACCUUGGAGAUUCUUGACUUAAGAGGAAACGCCAUUGGGGUUGCUGGAGCCAAAGCCCUGGCAAAUGCUCUGAAGGUCAACUCAAACCUCCGAAAACUCAAUCUUCAAGAGAAUUCCUUGGGGAUGGAUGGCGUGAUAUGCAUUGCCACUGCACUGUCUGGAAACCAUGGGAUCCAGCAUAUCAAUCUCCAGGGAAAUCACAUUGGAGAAUCUGGUGCCAGGAUGAUCUCAGAGGCUAUCAAGACAAAUGCUCCCUUGUGCAUUGUUGAAAUGUGAGCAAAUCAAGUUCCUG